CGCCGUUUAUGACAAAGCAGUAUUCAAGAAUCAUUACUAUUUUCAUUGAAUUGUGUUAAAAAAAGGCACGAAGCAAUAGUAUUAAGCUUUUAUAAAACUUUUUCAAUUUUUUUUUUGAAGAAACGGUAUUUUACAUUAGCCCGACAGCCUGAUAAUUUUAGGGUCAAAUCCAAUAUGUCUGCCUAUCAACAAGUUAAGAGCGGUAAACUAAAAUUAAAAGGCGAAAAAUCUUUGAAGAAACACAAAAGUAGGAAACGUAAGAGAGAAAAUGAUAUGGACAAACCUGAAGACAUGGACGCAUUACGACACGGCGGCUGGUGGAAGUUAACUAGCUACCAUUCGCUCGGGUCAAGUGUUGCCUUACAGAGCUGUAGUUCUCAAACAUAUAUAGAGGCCACGGACACUGGUAGUUAUAUUAUGGGAGAGUUAAGAGACUCGGUUAAUUCCCCAGCACCUGUAGAAGUGUUUACUGCUGUCAAAACCUCACAGAAUAAAAUUGCUUUGAAAUCUGGCUAUGGUACGUGAUGGCUUGGGCAAAAUUACCGUCGUUUGCACCCAAGGGUGGUCAAUCCCAAAUUAAAACAUCUAUAUUCACAUUUUUGUCAAGAGCAUUUCAUGGGUUUUAAUCUGAUCUGCCAAUCAUGUUCAAUUAACCUUGUACUCAUUGGUUGAAAUUAUUGAAACCUCUAAAUGCUCAUUUUUAAUUUAUAUACAAACUUUCAGCCUUUGUCAUUCGCCUCAGUACUUGGCCUGCUUCGGUAAAAAAAUCCACAAUUUUGCCAAUGCAAAAAUCGGCCAGUUAUAAGGAGUGGACAUUGUAGUUUCACAUGGGCAGAUGAGCUGGAUGGAAAUCCUUAAAAUUAAAUUUUAAGACCAGGGACCAUUUGGCUCACUGGGAUAUUUUCCAGUUGUGUCAUUAAUAAGAAAUGAGUGUUGAAUAAAUGCAUAUUUAAAUCAUAUAUAGAGUGGUUAAAGUUGCUUUUCUUGUCUUGGUAAAGGCGGAUCUCCACUAGACGAUUUGCGAGACAAUUGUCAAAACAGUUUGUGACGACACAUGCGCAAUUGAAAAAAAUGUUCGAAGAAUGAUCGUUUAGCGAUUGACUUCUACUAUUUGUUGAGCGCCAGACGAUCGCCAAAUUUCCAACCAAUAAGAUUCCACGCUUUUUUCUUGCUAACGAUCGUCAUAAAAAUCACCUCAAAAAUUGUCUAGUGGAGAUCCACCUUAAGAGACUGGAAUUGACAGGGUGGUGUACCCCCAAAUGAAAGCGAGUUUGUCCAAAUUAGAAAUCUUAUGCUCAAUCUGUAUGUUAAUAGGAAGAUAUUUGUCAGUCGAUAUUAUGGGAGACAUAAGUGGCACAGCUGAAGCUAUUGGACAACAACAACAGAUAGAACUUGUCUUUGAAGAAGAUAAAGUAGCACUUCAAACAUACAAUGGAUGUUUCAUUUUAAUCACUGACAAGGGAGAACUUAAAGCAACACAAAAAACUGCCACUGAGAAUGCACAGUUCUAUCUACGAACAGAUGCAGCAAGAUUGUAAGUAUGGGGGAAAUAUGCAAAAAAAUUGUUUUGUCUAGGGCAAACCCCUCUAAUUUUAAGGGUAAACACUAAAAAAUCUCACAACUUGUAGCAAGUUUGCCAACAAGUUGUGUUUGCAUUGCUUGUCUCAAGUUGUCAACAAGUAUGUAACAAGCUGUUAACAACUUGUAACAAGCUCGAUGGCAUUAUAAGACUUGUUGCAAGGUUUUUCCAACAAGUCCGAUACAGUCAUCAUAUAACAAGAAUGUUACAAUCUGGUGUCAUCAACCUUGUAAUAUUCUUGUUAUGACUGCAUCACAGUAUCAGACUUGUUAAAACAAGCAUGUAACAAGUCUGAUAAUAUUCUAUCAAGCUUGUUACAAGUUAACAGCUUGUUCCAAACUUGUUACAACAACUGCAACAUACGAUUUUGUAUUCCUAGAAUUUUUAUAACAAAUUUUCCUCCUCACUAUUUUCAGCACGGAAGAAAAAAGCGUUUUACCAGAAGAUGUCCAAGAUAUGAAAAGCUGUGAAUUAUCUUACGUGAAGAAAUUUCAAAGUUUUCAAGACAGAAAAUUACGAAUUAAUAGCGAAACCGUAGGUGAUCUUAAAAAAGCUAAGAAACAAGGAAAUAUACGCGAGAAACUAUUAGACAGACGAGAGAAAAUGAAGGCUGAUAGAUAUUGUAAAUAGGUUGUAGAUUUUUAUUCUGGAAAUAGGUAUGCAUAUUCAGAAAAGUUGUCAAGCACCUGGAUUAAACGUCAAUGAAUAGUGUUUAAUAACGCAAUUUCUACCAUCACCCAUUUUGCUAGGCUUGGGAGGUUUCUGGUACAGCCUGUUUUAGAUCCUCGAUAUGGCCUGAAUCACGUUGUUUGCAAGGAUGUAGUCUGUCUUGUUGUAGACUGAUUAGAUUGACUUAACAUCAUAAAUCUUUAUGUAUUCAUAAUAACAUUAAACAACAGUAAGGCACUGUGUUGAAAAGGAGGAUGAAUUCCACUUCCAAGGUCAAGAACAACAUAAUGUAAGAGUAGAACUUAGCAGAUGUUGAAUGUUAAAAUGAUUACCUAAUUAUCAUUCAUAACAAUUCUUCCAUUGAACUUGAAAUAAAUUUAUUUAUCAAAUAUUCAAACUUACGGUGAUGCUACGGUUAAGUAACUAUUCUAAGGGCGCUUUCUAUUUAAUGACCAGACCGGUUAGACCAGAAUUUCUGUCUCGGUAUUAAUGGUAAGAUCUGGCCCACGUUUCUCAAAAAUCUUGCGAAAAUGUGUCUCCUUCUAAUUUGAUCCAAAUUUUCCGGUCAGAAAGGUCCGAAGGCGAAGCCCAAACGUUUUCUGUUCCGUUCAACAAUUUGACCGUUCUGGCCGAGUUAAUGGAAAACGCCCUAAGUUACUUAAUCAAGCUGUAGCUGUUAUUAUUUAUUAAUCUCCAAGGAUGGAAAAUUGUGUGACGUAUUUUCAAAUAACUUCCAUUUAUUUGACAAUGCUUAUUUACCUACUGGAAGUCAUAAAUUAUUUGUACUGAUGAUAAAUGGCCUCGUCCCGCCAAAGUUUCUCCAAUACUGCAUCAUGGGAAGGAUAUCUCUCGCUGAAUGACGUAAUCAUUCCAGCAGCACUCGCGGCAUAUUCACACAGGAUGACAUCAUCACCUGAAAUAU